CGGGAGGCAGGAGGACCGGAGCGCGUGGCGGAGCGGGGCUACAAGUGCCUCUUUCGCAGACUUUGAUGGAGCGGCUCGGGAUGAACGACGGCGCCACCCCAGCCUGGUGGGCGCAGACGGACGGAGCAGAUUGAAAAGGAAUGCUUGUCCAAGGGAAUUUGUUUAAUUGGGUAGUGGCUGAAACAGAUGCCCAGCAAAACAGUGGCUGGAGUGUAGAAAGCUGCCCUGAGUGUGCCAUGCUACGGGGAGGUCAUAACCAGCACCAUUUGCUGAAGCAUGGGCUUAUUGUGAAGGGGAAACGGGGGCUCCCUUGAGUGGUGCUCCCAGGGCAUGCAUGGAACUCCUGUGCCUCGCCAGUCAGGGCAGCCAGCCGAAUCGGCGCCACAGCAUGGACCGGUGCUUGCAAACUCUUCCAUUUCAGGGGCCAGCUGACGAAAGCGAGGCAAGGACUAAAACGCUGGCGAUGUCUGCCGAGCGCUCCGAGUGGCACUGCAAAGCCCCCCAAAGGCCAGCCAAAGACGAUCCCGCUCAGGCUUCCUUUUCGUUCCCUGCCACACCUUCGUGGUCUCCAGACCAUGCAGCUGCAGGUCAGGUUGCCUGCCACCCCACUCUUCCCCUUGAAGAAAAGGAAGCUGUGAUGCAGAAGAGAGCCUGUUGCUGUGAAUCUGAUACGUCCUUCACUUGCGUGGACGAAAACGUCAACAAUCUUGACCACACGGGAAGCCUUGCACACCAGGGCUGUUGCCAAGACCUGGAUCUCCUUCCCCAUCCUGAGCCGUGUGGAGAGCGGCCACUAGAAUGGCCCUACGAUCCGCCCUCACUGGUUUCCGAGGAAGAUGACGAUGCCACCUCAGAAACUGCCGGAAAGUCUGUUGAUUACGGCUUCAUCAGUGCAAUCUUUUUCCUGGUCAGUGGGAUUUUGCUAGUGAUUGUUUCUUAUGUAGUUCCCAGGGAUGUGACCGUGGACCCCAACACGGUGGCGGCGAGGGAGAUGGAGCGACUGGAGAACGAGAGUGCCAAGGUCGGGGCUCAUCUAGAUAGGUGUGUGAUUGCUGGGCUCUGCCUUUUGACCCUGGGGGGUGUGGUGCUGUCCAGUUUGCUCAUGAUUUCCAUGUGGAAAGGAGAGCUCUACCGGCGGAACAGGUUCGCUGCCUCUACAGAAACAGCCAAGUUGUACGGCUCCUUCAAUUUUCGAGUGAAAUCCUCUCCAAACGAUAAUAUGGAGUUAUCGUUAGUUGAGGAGGAUGUCCUUGCUGUAGAUGGUUAGGUUGCCCUGGAUGCUGUGAGGCUGCAAAGAAUGCAAAGGGGUUUUUUUCCAUUAAAUGAAACAAAUGAAGCUUAACUUUGCUAGCAUUGCCUGACAGCAGCAUCUUUUCCUAGCACAUUAAAACGGAAUUGUUGCUUUAUAUAGACAUGUAUUCGUGGGCAAAAAGGAAAGAGAUAAUAAUCAAAAUAAUCUAUGCUGUCAUGUUUGGAUUAAGACGGACAGAGCAUGGCUCUGUUAGUGUUUACAGGAAGGCUUCUGUGGCUGAAAUCCAGGCACGUGAACUUGGAAGUAAAAGUUCCCUUGAAAUCUGUGUCACCCAGGGCUACGUAAGGAGUGGGUGGGCUCUCUCGUAUCGCUGGUAGGCUCACAUGGCUUUAGCUGCAGAGCUACAUCGCCUGGGUAGAAGGAUGCCUUCCAUCUUCAGGCAGGCACUGAUGGGGAGAGGGUCUAGGAGCACCGUUCUCAUUUUCCACAGUGCUCAAGAAUGUUGAGCGAUGCUCCAACACGCCCUGGUACACAAGAAAGACAUUGUCACUGAGGCUUCUGGGUUAGGGUGUGGGGUAUUUACUGUGGUCCUGCAUGUGCAUGGUUUGAGGACUGAAGAAGUGAGCAGUGGCUCGUAGAGGAGAAUCACGUGGGAUCGCAUCUCUUCAAUGCAACGUCUUUUGCUGGAGUGAGUUCAUCUGUUCAGCUGAAAGUCAGCCCACGUAUGCUAAUCGAGAGUAAAAAUUUUGAGCGGUA